AUUUCGGUGUGGCAGCGAUCGUGCAAUAUUGCCGUUUGCCGGUAUCGUGAAUCGAAAAUUUUAAUUCAUUUUGUGUAUUCACCAUGAUUAUUUUUAAGGAUAUCAUUACAGGUGAUGAAAUGUUCACCGAUUCUUCCAAAUGCCGUUUAAUUGACGACUGUUUGUACGAAGUGGAAUGUUCUCAUGUUCGAAGAUGUCAAGGAGACGUUCAGCUGGAUGGCGCAAAUCCAUCCCAAGAGGAAGGCGACGAAGGCAUAGAAGAAGUAGUCGAAUCUGGUUUAGAUUUAGUGUUGAAUCAACGACUAGUAGAGACUGGAUUUUCUAAGAGUGAUUAUAAAACAUAUUUAAAAUCAUACACUAAGUCGCUUCAAGAAAAGUGGAAGGAAAUCGGAAGAAGUGACAACGAAAUCUCCGAUGCUAAAGCUAAGUUAACGGAGGCUGUGAAAAAAGUUCUUCCCAAAAUCGGAGAUGUUCAAUUUUUUAUGGGUGAAAGCUCGAACCCCGAUGGUCUCAUCGCCCUUCUAGAAUAUCGCGAAGUUCCUGGGGGUGACGAAAAGCCUAUAAUGAUUUUUUUCAAGCACGGAUUACUCGAGGAAAAAGUAUAAUAUAAUAAUAUUACUAAGUUUCAUUAUGUAUUUGUGUUCCUUUAUUGACUGAUUAUGCUGCUAAAUGGCUUAAGUUAUACAAAUAUUAUAAACCAAGCUGUCGUGAAAUUUCUUAAAUUCUUGGAAGAAAGAUGAAAUGCUCCCUAACUUGAAAGCCAAGCAGUUUCGAUUUGGAUACGAUACGUGAUUUUCUUUGAAUUUAAGUACCAGUUUUAAUCCUCUUGAUUUAAAUACAUUAUUUUUUGUGUGGGUUUAAGCACCAUAGUUAUUGAGUUGUGGACAUAUCCUUUUUGAACUUAUUUAGCAGUUAUUUUUGGAACUAUUAAUUCAGUAAUAUCCAUUGCUAAAGUGCUAUUUAUUUCAUCGACGGUUUGAGUUUUGAUUUCCAAAGUGACUUCCAAAAAUAACCCUUAAAGUACUCUUCAUUUUAUUUAUUUCAUUUGAACUUUCAUUUGUUUGUAUUUUAAAAUUAAACUUGUGCCCUAUUUUAAACUGCAUUUCACUUUUUACUACUGUUUAAUUUAAAAAAUAAAAAUACAUUGCAUAUUUUAAUUGAUGAAGGUUUAAAGAAAAUAUCUGUUUGAACUGAACAAAUUUUUAUAUUUUCAUUUUGGAUUAAAAAGUAUUUUUAUGCUGCUUCGUAUCUUUUGAUUGAAGUAUCUUACAGCUUGUUUAGAGAUUAAUUUUUAAAUUUGAGUUUCAUUGAAGUUAAAUAUUCUGAUCUUUUGUUUUCAAGUGCACAUUUUAUUUGCUGUCAUUAUAUAAUUUCCACUAAUUUACCAUUGCUUCAACUAAGGUUUUAAAGUCAAAUAUACAAGUUCUUUAUUUUCACCCUAUUUGAUGUUUUCAAACGGAAUAUUUAUGAGAUUGGAUGUUUUGAAUUUGAAGGAUUUUUAGUUUAGAAAAUGUGUGGCAAGCUUGAUCUUGUUAAUGUAUGUUUGGAAAAGAUAUUUUAUAAGUUUUUUACUUCAAUAAAUAUGUUUAUAU